AUGGCUGCCGAGGCCGAAGCUACACGCGAAGCUCAAGCCAAAGUCAUAGCUGCAGAAGGCGAGAAACGCUCAUCUGCUGCUCUGAAAGCGGCUGCUGACGUUCUAGCGGAUUCCCCACUGGCGCUUCAUUUAAGAUACCUACAAACACUGAACGCCAUCUCUGCGGAGAAGAAUUCAACAAUCAUCUUUCCCCUUCCUCUUGGUCUGAUUCAAAGCUUGAUGCGAAGAAACUAG